AUGCAGGGCGAGGAGAUCUACACCUCCCUGCGGUGGGACACGCCGGGCCCGCACCCCCAGAAGCAGCUGCCCCCCACCACGCGCUCAGGAACACAAUGUGUCGUGAUCGUGAUACUAUGUGUUUUCUGCGUGGGCUCAUUAACAGCUUCCAUUGUCUUUGGUAUUAAGUUGUUAUUGUUUGAAGUCUUUCAGGUGUCUGCUAUUGCAAAGAAGCAGCAGGAAAAACUCAUGCAACAGGACAGAGCACUGCUGAACUUCACACAGCAGAACGCAAAACUUGACCUCCAGAUAAAACAGUGCCAAACCCAGAGGCAAAACUCUUUCAGAUCAGUUCCUAACUGCAGCCCUUGUCCAGAAAAUUGGAUUCAGAAUGGGAAAAGUUGUUACCGUGUCUUUGAAACUUGGAAUAUUUGGCAAACCAGUCAAGAGUAUUGUUUGAAGGAGAACUCUUAUCUUCUACAAAUAGAGAGCAAAGAAGAAAUGAACUUUGUCACUAGCAACCUGAGGAAGAUCAAAAGUGCCCAUGAUUACUGGGUGGGACUGUCUCAGGAUGGACCCAGCCAACCUUGGGUCUGGACCGAUGGCUCUUCUCUUUCCCCUGACCUGUUACCAACCCAGAGGCCCCAGUCGACUCACCCGCUCUGUGGCUACUUCAAAGACAAGUCCCUUUCUUCCACCAACUGCACCGCCUGGAAAUAUUUUAUCUGUGAGAAGCACACGCUAAGAUCCCCUGCCUGAAAGAGCUGAGUUCGAAGAAACGCCCAAGAGCAAGUAAACCUGUGCGCGGGCUAAGCUGCUUGCCUGGGACUCGCAACCUACUUUUGCAUGUUCACCGGGUGACACUCGUUAGCACUGCCCAGACAUCCUCUGGCAGCGUUCAAAUCACCAAGAAUAAAACCGAUUUAGCGCUCCCGAGGACAAAACCCAGAGGGCUGAGAAUGAACUGAAGAAAAAUCAUUUUCAUUUGUCAUGGCUUUUUGGUUUUUUUUUAGUCUAGAGUGCCUAGGAACUCCACACAGAAAUCUGUAAGUCACCGGGGAGGUGAUGCAGUUCUAGCUGACUACUUUUUUCAAUAAAUAAAUAAAUGUGGCCUUUUAAACUCACUGUCUGCCAGACCUUUAUGCAUUUGCUAGGUUUCCCAGGCAUGG